AUGGCGACCAAGGCUGCCGUCACCUCAAAUGCCCCGGCUCUGGCCAAGUACCUUGAGCUGCCCCAAAAUGGCAAGAUCAUGGCCGAGUACAUCUGGAUCGAUGCCGAGGGCGGCACUCGCUCCAAGUCGAGGACUCUGGAUGCGAAGGAGAGUGGCUACACACCUAAGGACCUCCCAAUCUGGAACUUUGACGGAAGCAGCACGGGUCAGGCACCAGGUGACAACAGCGAUGUUUACCUCCGCCCUGCCGCCGUCUUCGCCGAUCCUUUCCGCAGGAACGGCAACAUCCUCGUCCUCGCCGAAUGCUGGGACGCCGAUGGAUCCCCCAACAAGUACAACUACAGGCACCAAGCCGCCAAGCUGAUGGAGGCUCAUGCCGCCCACAAGCCCUGGUUCGGUCUUGAGCAGGAGUACACCCUUCUCGACCUCGACGACAGGCCGUACGGCUGGCCCGCGAACGGGUCUGCUUUUGCCAAGGCCAGCUGUGGGGACUGCGUCAUCGCCACAAGAAAUCUCCCGACCAAAGAGUCCCGCCCGCUGUCAAGAGUCCUUGCGAUUGAAGGUGGUAAUCGAAAAUUCCCCGCUCCUCAGGGCCCCUACUACUGCGGUGUUGGUGCAGGAAAAGUUGUUCAGCGUGACAUCGUUGAGGCGCACUACCGGUGUUGCCUUUACGCCGGCGUGAAGAUCUCUGGAACCAACGCCGAAGUCAUGCCCGCCCAGUGGGAGUUCCAGGUCGGCCCAUGUGAGGGCAUCGAGAUGGGCGACCACCUCUGGCUCGCUAGGUUCCUGCUUCACCGUGUCGCUGAGGAGUUCGGCGCCAAGGUCUCAGUCGAGCCCAAGCCAAUUCCUGGCGACUGGAACGGAGCCGGCCUGCACAGCAACUUCUCCACCGAGGAGAUGCGCGAGGAGGGCGGCAUGAAGCACAUCGAGGCUGCCAUCAAGAAGCUGGAGGGUCGCCACAAGGAGCACAUCGCUGUCUACGGCGAGGGCAACGAGAAGCGUCUCACCGGACGUCACGAGACUGGCAGCAUCGAGCAGUUCUCGUACGGUGUCGCCAACCGUGGUGCUUCCAUCCGUAUUCCUCGGGAGUGUGCCGUAAAACAGAGCGGUUACUUCGAGGACCGGAGGCCUGCAUCCAACGCCGACCCCUACCAGAUCACUGGUAUCAUCAUGGAGACCAUCUUCGGUUCUGCCUAA